UUUAUAUAUGAACUAUUUUGUUCUAAUUCUACUUUAGAGCAUUGCGCUGUGAGUUAAGUGUACCGGCGGAACUGACUGACCUCGCAGAAUUCGUGUCGACUGACCAUAGUCCACGGGUUCUUUAAUUAAAGUUUACAUAAAUUAGUUUUCUUUUGAGCACCAUGUCUGAAAAACACAACUUUGGAGUUACUCCUGUAACCUGCCAUUCAUUCAACAGAGAAAGAAAUGGUCUGGCAAUAUCUCAAGACAGCCACGAAGUGAAGAUCUUCAAGUCAUCUGGCAAUAAGUGGCAGAAUCCCGUCAUUCUCAGCGAGCACGGACAGCGUGUGACCGGGAUAGACUGGGCACCCACCAGCAACCGAAUUGUCACCUGUGGUGCUGAUCGUAAUGCCUACGUUUGGAAUCCAAUUAGUGAAGGCAAAUGGAAACCAAUGCUGGCUAUUCUGAGGAUAAACCGUGCUGCAACCUGUGUCAAAUGGUCACCAAAAGAGGAUAAAUUUGCUAUUGGUAGUGGUGCUCGGCUUAUCUCAGUCUCAUACUACGAGGAAGACAACGAUUGGUGGGUCAGCAAGCACAUCAAGAAGCCAAUCAGAUCAACUGUGACAUGUCUGGACUGGCAUCCUAACAAUGUCCUGAUAGCUGCUGGAUCAUCGGACUUCAAGGCCAGGGUGUUUUCUGGUUACAUUAAAGAAGUGGAGUCAAAACCUGGACCUUGUUCCUGGGGAACGAAGAUGCCUUGGGGAACUCUCAUGGCCGAGUUUUCAAAUGGUGGAGGUAGUACGUGUGGUUGGGUUCACUCCAUCUCGUUCUCUCCAAGUGGCGAUCGCUUGGCCUGGGUUGGCCAUGACUCCAGUGUCUCCGUCGUCGACGCAGCUAAUGGAAAUAAACUGGCUAUCAUCAAAGACAACUUCCUGCCCUUCAUGGGAGUGACGUGGGUGACAGAAAACAGCCUUGUUGCUGGGGGCUAUGACUGUAACCCUAUGGUGUUUACAUACUCGAACACUGGAAGCUUGACCAUGGUCAGCAAACUGGACAUUCCACAGGAGAAGGAAUCUGGACAGAUAAGAUCUGAUAGUAUAGACUUAACGGAGAAUGGCGAUAUAGAUGAGAUUGACGAAGAACCCAUAUCUAUACAGAGUGCUAUGAAUCGCUUUAAGAAUCUGGACAGGAAAAAUACUGCUGACGAUUCCUCCACUGAUCUCAAAACUCAGCAUCAGAAUACCAUCACUCAAGUGUUGGUGCACACUGGCACCAAGGAGAAAUGUACGAAGCUGUCCACUUCGGGAGUUGAUGGAAAUAUUAUUAUCUGGGAUUUGAAGACUCUGGAGAAUGGGAUUGCUGCUCUAAAGAUAGCCUAGGUCGACUGGUGGUGUUCCAAACACUUUCUGUGGAGAGCUUUAUCAUGUGCAGGGAAAAGAUUCACAGAUUCAUGGACUGUUCAUAUCUUCCAGUUCUGCUGAUUAGCAAAUACGCUUAGACUAGUAUUAGUAUUUACCCACUGAACUUUUUAUUUAAUCCAAGUUACAGGAUUGGACGUUCUGUGCUUAUUUCCUCCUUUGUUGCAGCUAUUAAUAACCUUGACUUAGUUUCAAAUGCGAAGGAGCUCUCUUGUUCAACCCAGCUUUGGCAGGAUAAUUAUUUUUGUGGAAAAAAAACCUUUAUAAUUUUUUUUUUUUUAAACCCCACGUAGAUAGCAAAAGAUUGGUUCCUAAACCUCCCAAAAAGGCAUCAUAUUAGAACUUUUUUUAUCUGACUGCUUUCUUCUGGCUUCUGGCAUCUGUGAGGACUCUAGCAGAUUAUUUUUAUAAUUUCUGUAAAGAAGUUGAAUAAAAAGGACAUAUUGACUUAAGGAUUAUGCUUGUACACUGCUACAUGUUAAUCGGUUUAAGAGAUAUUACAUUAUUAUAUACAUUUAAUUGUAAAAAAAUGUAUUGCAAAAUAAAAAAACAAGGAUUUUUAAAAAA